AUGGCUUCCGGCUACACAGGCGACUUUAUCGGUGACUACAUCGGGACACCCAACAAAAGAGACGAUUCAAUGUCAAUCGAUAGUCCUCCAGUGAAGCCUUCUUUCUUUGGCGUCACAGGCCAUAACGAGAUCUUCGAAGAAACGAAGAACUACCUCUCGAAACUCGACGCAUUCAGCAUUAACCCCGAAGACACAUGCAUCUCACAGUCGAAUUGCUCGAUCAAGUUCAAAGAUCUUCCUACCAACAUACAACAGGCCAGCCUUGCUGUUCUUGGAUGUAUUUUCGGUCCAUGCUACGAUCGUCUGGUUGCACAUAAAACGAAAUAUGAGAACAGGCUCUGGUCGAAUCUUACAGUCCCUGCGAUUAUCCGAUCACUCGAAUCGACUUUUGGAUCACACCUGGACCCCGAGAAGAUCAACCUUGAGAUUGUAGCUGAGCGUGUGUGUAACAACACCAUUCGACCGUUUGGAGAUACCGAGAACAGUCAGGAAUGGGUUGAUCAGCUUUGCGGCCAAAACUUACGAUGGGAGUCCAUUGCCAUGCUUUGGAGUGUGUUGCGACGCAUACCUAAUUCUUUCGAGUCUAUGGAACGUUAUAAACUUCAUAUUCUGGAGAGCGGAACAUCGAACAAGGCAGCCCUAGCAUUCUUGAGGCAAGGUAUUACACUUGCGCGCUAUUUCACGCUGGCAAAUGUUAUGAUUCUUGAUCUAUUACAACAAAGGACGAUAAUGGAGUCCAUGAUCAUCGGUGACGCAAGUUUGGCUGUCUGGAACUCCCACGGAGAGGCUGUGACGAUGAUGACAUACCUAGGCGUUCACGCACAAAAGAACAUAAUACCAUACACGCCAACACUGUCUUCAGAGCACAAGAGGCGUAUUUUCGGUCGGAUUUACAAUCUCGAUAAAGCUAUCGUCGCUUUCACAGGCAGGCCUCCACUUCUGGAUCCUCGCUACUGCACGACUCAGAUGCCGCUUGACUUCAGUGACGAGGAUCUUCUAGCUGGUGGCGCGGCACUCGAGCGAGCAGCAGCCGAGUUGACACCAGGUGGUUGGAAUACACAUGGGGGCGUUUACCCAUCGGGAUUCUGUCGAGCUGCGUAUCAAGUAUCCGUGAUACUCAGCGAGAUUCUCGACAUCGCUCUGGCUCCUGCCCCAAACACAACUUUGGAGACAAUAAGGAAUCUAAAAUACCGGGCACUCAACGUCAUCGCCCAGUUUCCGAAACAUCUAAUCUACGACCCUGACGACCCUCACGAUCUACCCCUGCCACAAGCCGAGCCUGCAUCCCACGAGAAAGACCUUUCUGAUCCUCCAGUUGGAGCGAACGCUAUACCCAUGCGGAUAUUUUCCCGUCUGACGCAUCUGCAGAAUAUGUUUCUUCUCGAGAGGUUGUUUCUGCAGUAUGGUGCCCUUGAUGAGGGCGAUGUGCUCCUUGUUUCGUUUGAGAUGAUUUCGCUUACGCUACUCUUCUGGACACACAAGGACAAGUUUCGGGAUAUUCGGCGGGACUUUGAGUGGAUGCUGAUGGCGUUCGCCGUUCCGGGUGGCGGCAUUCUAUGUCAAGAACUUCUUCAGCCAACCUUCCAAGGUCGACAUCCGAAAGACACCCGCUUAAGCCGAUCGAGUAUUGUACAGAAGUUGAGUUUGUUAGUGGGCUUUUUGGACUGGGUACAUCCUUCGGCACCGAAUGGCGAUCUCUGUGCGAGUUGCAAGACUGUUAUACAGCGAGUAUUGGACUAUCAUCUUAACGAUGCGGUAAACGAACUUGGAUCUUUGGAACACUUCAGUUUGGGUUUAUCUGGACGUUUGAAUUUCAAGUUUGAAUUGUUGAAUACUUUUGAGUGGCUUAAUACAUGA